AUGACCAUUAUAAGAGCAGCCCUAGGCACCUUGUUGCUUUUAUCUUUGCACCCAGGUCUUUCUGGGAUGCCUGGCGCUCAGGGAUCCCCUGUGACAGGAGAGGUCUGGCCUGACUCGGCAGCAAGUAGAGGGAUCCGAAGGCCACAGAUAGGUGGCCGAUCACGCCGGGCCCUGGCUGGUCCAUGCCAGCUCCAAAGCCUGUCGCUGCCUGUGGCAGAGCUGGGCCUGGGCUAUGCCUCGGAGGAAACUGUCAUUUUUCGCUACUGCUCGGGCAGCUGUCCCCGUGGCGCCCGCACCCAGCAUGGCCUCACACUGGCCCGGCUGCGAGGUCAGGGCCGAGUCCACGGUGGUCCUUGCUGCCAGCCGACCCGCUACGUUGACGUGGCCUUCCUGGAUGAUCGGCACCGCUGGCAGCUUCUACCCCAGUUCUCGGCAGCCGCCUGCAGCUGCGGGGGCUAA